UAACCGUGCGUUCAAGUAAAAUUUCUGUUUAAUGAGCUGAAUCAAAACAUAGAUUGGUCAGUACCAUUAAAUUUUUCAUUAGAAAAACACUUCGUAUUACUUGUGAGUGAAUUUUGUUUUAAUAAAGUGAUGGCUAUUGGAGAAGUAAUAUUUGCAAGUUGUUUGCUAUUGAACAUAGCCCAUGGAUCGAUUCUAACAAAAGCCGUACAACCUAAUCGUUGCAAUGGCAGAGACGGGAUAUUUAUAAAAAAUGAGAAAGGGUGUGAGUGGUUCUUUUACUGUCACAAUGGUCAGCCAUUGGAAGCAUUCUGUCCGGGCACAUUUUGGUUCAACGAAGAUUCCGGUAUCUGUGAGGAUCAAAAGAACGUGUACUGUACGUUAAACGACCCAGUUCCACCACCUGUCAUUGUGCCGGAGGAUCUUGAUGAGCCAGUGACAUGCCCGGCAAUGGACACGAGUUCAAUAACAUUUAUUGCAAGUCGAAUCGAUUGUAGUCGGUUUUAUAUCUGUUAUCAUGGCGUUCCCAUAAGGCAACAGUGUAUAAAAGAAAUGCAUUGGAAUGCGGCGACGAACAGGUGCGACUAUCCCGAUAAUGCCAAAUGUCUGAUCGUACAACCGUUACCAAUAUGUCCGAUGAAGGGUCAAGUGUUUUUCCCGCAUCCGGAAAUGUGUGACUACUUCUAUUAUUGUCAGAACGGCUAUUUAACUGUUCAGCAAUGUCCAUUCUAUUAUCAUUGGGAUACAGUAACUCAGUCGUGCAGGUGGCGAAACUUAGCGCGGUGUGCAUCAAAAAAGUAUUUGGUGUGAACAAAUAAACGAAAUUC